AUGUUCUUUGAAUAUGCUCAGACCCGUGUAGCAGAACACAACCACUUCACCACGCACGUCCUUCUCAGAUACUUUCGUUAUCCCUCGGUUGUAGAUGGUCUAUCACCAUGGGGUAUGCAAGCACAUCCAGAAAGGUACAGCACAAAGCAUGAAAUGCAGCCCAAGUAUUCCCUUCCCUCUUUUCACUCGGUAAUAUCCCCGGUAGACCACUCACUCCCCACUCUGCAAUGCGAUCGGUUCUCCUUCCCUACGCACGACUCCACCAUCCAAAAACCCUGGACAGUGUCCGCCAAAACAGCACCCGAUCGAAUGAAUGGGCUUGUUCGGGAUGAGCGGGCGGGCGGGCAAGACAGGCGACGGGGCGGGCGGGCAUGCGGUGGGUGGGCAGCCCGGAAGGCAGCAGCAGCGGCGUCUUAA